AUGACCUCUAAGGAGGACACCAAAUGCCCAGCGGUGCUGGAGGAGCGGAGGCGCAGUCCGCUGGAUCAGCUCCCGCCGCCAGCCAACUCCAACAAGCCGCUGACGCCUUUCAGCAUCGAGGACAUCCUCAGCAAGCCGGCCGUGCGAAGGAGCUACUCCCUGAGCGCGGCGGCACACCACAUCUCUCCCGGAGAGAAGCUGCCCUCGGCGGGUCACAGCCUGUCCGGCCGAGCGCUGCUCAGUCAGACCUCCCCGCUGUGCGCGCUGGAGGAGCUGGCCAGCAAAACCUUCAAGGGGCUGGAGGUCAGCGUCCUGCAGGCGGCCGAGGGCCGAGACGGUCUGACGCUGUUCGGCCAGAGGAACACCCCUAAGAAGCGGCGGAAGUCCCGCACGGCGUUUACCAACCACCAGAUCUACGAGCUGGAGAAGCGCUUCCUGUACCAGAAGUACCUGAGCCCGGCGGACCGGGACCAGAUCGCCCAGCAGCUCGGUCUGACCAACGCGCAGGUCAUCACCUGGUUCCAGAACCGACGGGCAAAGCUCAAGCGGGACCUGGAGGAGAUGAAAGCGGACGUGGAGUCCGCCAAGGCCGCGGGCUCUGUGGCCUUUGAGAAGCUCUCAAAGCUGGCCGAGCUGGAGAAGUGCGCGGCCGGAGGUAUGGGCGGUGGGCCGGUUACAGCGCCGGGCCACACCAAGUCCGACCCGGCCUCCACCAGGGUCCACCACGACACCGCCGAGAAUCUCGACUCCAGCAGAGCGCACAUGUCGCCUCAUUCACCCGCCUCGUCGUGGUACACGGACCGGCUGAGCAGCCAGUGCUGCUCGGAGGACGAAGAUGAGGAGAUUGACGUGGAUGACUAA